CAAGAAGGAAGGCGACGGUGCGACCCGACGGCACGACGCAAGGGAGUCGUCGUGCCGCCGCGUCGUGUGGUUGCGUCGCCUGGAGGGAGUCUAAAGAGAGCUAGAGAGAGAGAGAGAGAAAUGUUUGUCGUAAAUAGUACACCAUACAUUUCACGGUGCCAAGUCAUAUCCAGACCACCAGUGGACGCGGGAAGUCCCCAGCACAAUGUCGCCAACUCCAGCCCCGCAAGAAAAUGCAAAGAAAGCCAAAACGGAGGACCAGGCCGUCUCGAACUUCAGGGAGUACCUGAGGAUCAAAACGGUCCAUCCGGAGCCAGAUUAUGCUGGAGCUUUGCUGUUUCUUCAGCGAAUGGCUACCGAGUUGGGCCUGCCGUAUGAAAUUGUUGAGGUCCAUCCAGGGAAAGAUGUCUUCAUUAUGACCUGGGAAGGUAGGAAUCCUGCCUUGAAAAGUGUUAUCCUCAACUCACACACCGAUGUUGUGCCUGUUUACGAGGAUCUGUGGAAGUGCGAUGCCUUUGAGGCAGUUAAGUACGAGAAUGGUGAUAUCUAUGCAAGAGGCACCCAGGACAUGAAGAGUGUUGGAAUUCAGUACAUUGAAGCUGUGCGGAGACUCAUAGCAGCUGGUGUGAAGCCCCUGAGAACGAUCCACUUGACAUUCAUGCCAGAUGAGGAGGUUGGUGGCAUCCAAGGUAUGAUGAAGUUUUUGGACCAUCCAUCAUUCCUACGACUCAACAUGGGCUUUGGUCUUGAUGAAGGUUUGGCUAACCCUACCAACAAGUGUACUGUAUUCUAUGGCGAACGGGCACCUUGGUGGUUGGAAGUGAAAUGCGAGGGAAAUCCAGGUCAUGGAUCGCGCUUCAUUGAAAAUACUGCUGCCGAAAAGUUGCAAAAGGUGAUCAACUCUUUCCUCGCUUUCAGAGAGGAAGAAAAAGCCAAAAUGGUUGGAUGUGCAACGCUUGGUGAUGUAACAUCAACUAACCUAACUAUAGUGAAGGGUGGCGUCGCACAAAAUGUAGUGCCAAGCGAAUUCCAGGCAGUAUUUGAUAUUCGCGUCUCCCCAAACGCAGAUGUGAAGGAACUGGAAGAAAAGAUUGCCAAGUGGACAAGGGAGGCCGGAGAAGGAGUGACGUACCACUUUGUCCAGAAAAAUGACGUUCACAUCACCGAACUUGGAGACAAGAAUGUCUGGUGGAAGGCGUUUGAAGGGGCAUGCAAAGACCAGGGUGUGGGCCUGGAGAUUGAGGUCUUCCCAGCGGCCACCGACAGUCGCUUCCUGAGGGCGGCCGGCUACCCCUGCCUGGGCUUCUCCCCGAUGAACAACACGCCCAUCCUCCUGCACGACAACAACGAGUUCUUGAACGAGGAGGUGUUCCUGACAGGGAUCCAGAUCUAUGAAGGGAUCAUCGCCGCACUCGGCAACGUGCCAGCAAACGAGCAGGACCAGGACGGCAUGUGAGAAGCAAGCUAGCACAGCGUGGGCGCGGGCAACCAAGUUGCCUGCAUGCAGUGUGUAACUUUGGUGAACAUCUCAAGUCGUAACGUGAUGAUUUCCCCAGUGUCAUUUUGCCUAGUUACAAAGGCCUGUCUGUUCACUGACAUGCCACACUUUGUCUACAUACGUAUUUGUCUAUAGAGCUAGUUGGGGCCCAUGGUCUCAGUUCACACCAGAGGAAAGCAGAUAUGUAAACAUAGUGUGAGGAAAUCAGUACAGAGGUCUGUUAAUAUACUUCCAAGAUGCCUUCAGAGAGAAUAAUUCCAACGAUCAUAAAUUCUGCAGAAAAUCUAUGAUUAUUAAAUAAUUUCCGAUGCACCGGCAUCUACUUAAUGACCUAAUUGUGAGAGACAUGAAAAAAGAAGUAAAAGUAAAACAAAAGGAGAAAAAUUAACAUUUUGAACAUUAACAAGAGAAAAACCAGUCUCCUGA